GCGUUUCGGGGCGAAUAAAAAAACGGGCCGAGUGAGAAAAUGGCGUAAAACUCGGAGAAAAUUCAUCUCGUUUAAAGAAAAACCCUGGAAAACUUAGAAAACUUAGGAGAGAUAACGAAUAAAAUAGUCAGGCUGGGAGCAGAGAUGUUUCCCGGAGGAAAUGGCAACGCCGACUUGGGCUACAACAAGCACGCCCACGUCCUCGGACAUGGACACGGCCACGGGCUCAACCAUAAUCAUAAUCACAAUCAGUUCCUGACACAGCCCCCGCCGCCACCCACGCACUUCCCCCUGCCGCCGGGUGGAGGUGCGGGCAUGGUGGCCGCAGGUCUUCCCCUCGCCAUGCAAGGUGGCGCCGGCAUCGAUUGGGCGCAGCUCGCCCAGCAGUGGAUCCACAUGCGCGACGCCUCUCCGGUGGCCAUGCCCGUGGCCCCACCGCCGCCCAUCAUCGGCAAUGUGCGGGAGUACCACAACCAGGCGCUGGCCAUGCCGCUGCCCAGCGUUGUCAGGGCGGCCCAUCCCAUCCUCGAGGAGCACGGCGAGGCGGACAUGGACAUGGACGACGAGCACGAGCGGGGACAGGGUGCAGAAACGCCCCCACCGCCGGCUCCAGUGGUUACGCAAUCUCAAUGGCUGGCGGCCAGCGAAACGCCUGGCCAGGCCAUAGAGGCCUCCAGUGGAGCGGCUGUUACGAUGGGCAAGCAGCCAUGGAACAACUGGCACACGCAGCCCGGCAAAUCCACGGGCAAUCCCACGGCGCAUAUACCCUCGCUGCUCAAGCUGAACGUCAGCAAUCCCAAUGAGCCGCAGCAACAGCUGCAGUUGCAGUUGCAGCCUCCGCUGCAGCAACAGCAGCAGCCGCCAACCCAUCCGCACCAUCCACAGGCACAUCAGCCACAUCCACAUCCACAUCACCUAACACCACACACACAGCAGCAGCAGCAACAGCAACAGCAGGUGCAGCAGACGCAGCAGGAAAGCGGAAGUGGUAGUGCCAGCAGUGAGAUCGAUGCCAACAAACGCAAACUGUUGCCAGCUUGGAUAAGAGAGGGUCUGGAGAAAAUGGAGCGCGAAAAACAGCGGCAGCUAGAGCGCCAGCAGACCUCCAUUGGCACGACAGAUGAUGAGGUCAACCAUGUUAAGCAAGUAUCAAGCAAAACACUAACAACACCUGUUAAUCUAUUGAACAUCGCAAACGUGGCCAGCGACAGCGAAGAUUCCAUUGGCUUGCCUGGGGAGGCGCUAGGAGAACUGAAAGAUCAGCAAAUAGGUAAUAAGUUGAUAAGUAAAGCCGGCGAUAUCAGCAGCAGCGACGAACUGGAGGAGGAGGAGCAGCAGCAACGAGGCCCCAUCGAGACCGGAAAGCGGGAGGCGGCGGCGGCGGCGGAGCAAGUGACGGCGGCUACCGAAAACGAUGUCAAUGGUAAAAACUACGAAGAAAGACUGGCGGAUCUGAUGCUUGUGGUGCGUCGGACACUAACCGAAAUCCUGCUGGAAACCACAAACGAAGAGAUUGCAGCCAUUGCCGGCGAGACUCUGAAAGCACACCGUGCUAAAGCGUCAUCAGCCCAAGUGAUUCGCAAAAGCGCCUUGUCCUCCAUUACCGGCAACUUGGGUUUAGCUGCCUAUGGCGAUUCUUCCAGCGAAAGCGAAGAGGAUGAGGACGACGAGGAAGGCGAGCGCCAAGCGGAUCCAGGAAAGGAUGCCGACAAAAGCGUACAAAUGAGCGCGGAGGAGUUGAAGGCUCGCAUACGACGCAGCAAACGAUCCUUCGAGCGAGUCAUUGACGACAUUGAAGAUCGAGUGGCGAAGCAAGAGCAGCGUGACGAGCAAACCCUGCAGCGGCAUCGCAAGCGGGAGCUGGAGCGCUCCGACGCUAGUGCUAGUGAGCACCGUCGACCGCUGGCCAAACCCGAGCCUGCCGGCGAGUUGGCCAGUCAACCAAACCAGGAGAAGCUGCAACAGUUUAAUGGAAAACGGCCCAGCCGAAAGGAGCGCACCACUCGCUUCAGCGACAACAAGGACGGCAAGCACCAGUCGCACAGCUAUGUCCAACAAGUGGUGGCUGCUGCCGCUGUGGCUCCGCUGAACACCCUGAGCAGCAGCACAGGCGGCGCCCCGAAGCUGAAGCCCGUUCCCAAUCCGGCCACCAAUCUGCUUCAGAUGCCGGAGUCGGUGGCCAGCAUGCUGAGUGCGGCGGACAAGGCACUACAGAAGGCCAACAAAUCGUCGCACAAGUCCAAAAGCAAGCGGCGCCACUCGUCCACCUCGUCCUCCUCCAGCAGCAGCAGUGGGAGCAGCUCGAGCAGCGACAGCGAGGACAGCAGCAGCAGCUCCAGCGGCUCCAAGACGUCCAGCAGUCGGGGCAAGCGGGUACGCCGACAGAGCCAUCGUAGCCACGGCAGCAGUCGAAGCAAAUAUGAGCGCCGUGAUCGCGACAGAGAAAGGGACCGCGAUCGGGGACAUCGCCGGCAUCGUAGCCACUUAAGUGGCGGCAGCAGUAGUGGUGGUCAGCGCCACAGGCAGCGGCGGCACGGGGACUCCAGCCACUCUGGCGAGGAGGAGGGCGGCAGCAGCAGCUACCACCGCUCCUCGCGACAGGGCAGCAGCCGCAGCUACGAGCACGGCAGCAGCAGCAGCGGACGGAAGCGGCACCGCACGAGAUCCCGCUCCAAGUCGCGCAGCACCCACCACUCCAGCUCCAACGCAUACUCCUCCACUUCUUCCGCGUCGCAUUCGCGCAAGCGCCACUAAGAUUACGACUACAGCUUAUUGUUAUAUUGUAUAAUUAUCUUUUUCUUUUGUUUAAGAUGCUUUCAGUAAACAGUUUUAAUCCAGCAUAAUAAAUUCAAAUUUACUAAAGAA